AGGCUGACUGUCGAGCGAGCCCCGGCCGUCGACGCCCCGUGCGCUCCCCGCCGCGCUCCGCUGCCAGCCACUCCCCGGCCUCCGCCCUGCCGCGCCCCGGGACGCUUUGAUUGGCUCCUCGUUGACAGUUUAGCACUGUGGAAGGCAGUUCCAACACCUCCACGGGUAGUCGGGGUGGACGUUGACAGUCUAAAGCUCGUCUGCGGUACCUCGCUGGGCUCGUUCGGUGUGUGAGAUUAUCUGCAAUGCUGGAAUGAAGUAACUCAAGAUGAGCAAGCUAAAAGUGGUAGGAGAGAAAAGCCUUGCCAAUAGUUCUCGGGUUGUGGGACUCCUGGCCCAGCUGGAGAAGAUCAAUACGGAUUCCACAGAGUCAGAUACUGUCAGAUAUGUUACAUCCAAAAUUCUUCAUUUGGCUCAAAGUCAAGAAAAAACAAGGAGGGAAAUGACAACCAAAGGUUCUACUGGCAUUGAAGUUCUGUUGUCAACAUUGGAGAAUACGAAAGAUCUUCAAACUAUACUUAAUAUCUUAAGUAUUCUUGUCGAGCUGGUAUCUUCUGGUGGAGGUCGAAGAGCAAGUUUCUUAGUUGCCAAGGGUGGAUCACAAAUAUUGUUACAACUGCUUAUGAACGCCAGCAAAGAAUCUCCCCCACAUGAGGAACUAAUGGUGCAGACUCAUUCCAUUCUUGCAAAGAUUGGACCAAAAGAUAAGAAAUUUGGAGUGAAAGCUAGAGUUAAUGGGGCACUGAAUGUAACUCUAAAUUUGGUCAAGCAGCACUUUCAGAACUAUCGCCUGGUUCUGCCUUGUCUUCAGCUCUUGCGAGUGUAUUCUACCAACUCUGUGAACUCAGUAUCUUUAGGUAAAAAUGGAGUUGUGGAGCUGAUGUUUAAAAUCAUUGGACCAUUCAGUAAGAAGAAUUCGAGUCUUAUGAAGGUUGCUUUAGACACUCUUGCUGCAUUGCUAAAAUCAAAAACAAAUGCCAGGAGAGCCGUAGACAGAGGAUAUGUUCAAGUACUUUUAACAAUUUAUGUAGAUUGGCACCGCCAUGAUAAUCGGCAUAGAAACAUGCUCAUUCGGAAAGGAAUUUUACAGAGCUUAAAAAGUGUCACAAACAUCAAGUUGGGAAGAAAAGCAUUCAUUGAUGCGAACGGGAUGAAAAUUCUGUACAACACCUCACAAGAAUGCUUGGCGGUCAGGACUCUUGAUCCUCUUGUCAACACCUCUAGUCUGAUAAUGAGGAAGUGUUUCCCCAAAAACCGAUUGCCGCUCCCAACCAUCAAAAGUUCUUUCCACUUCCAGUUGCCAGUGAUCCCUGUGACUGGACCCGUGGCUCAGCUCUACAGCUUACCCCCUGAAGUGGAUGACGUGGUCGAUGAAAGUGACGACAAUGACGACGCUGAUUUAGAAGCUGAAAAUGAAGUAGAAAAUGAAGAUGACCUAGAUCAGAAUUUUAAGAAUGAUGAUAUUGAAACAGAUAUUAACAAAUUAAAACCACAGCAAGUGCCAGGACGAACAAUAGAAGAACUGAAAAUGUAUGAACACCUCUUUCCUGAGCUUGUUGAUGAUUUUCAGGACUAUGAAUUAAUCUCUAAAGAACCCAAACCUUUUGUGUUUGAGGGGAAAGUUCGAGGCCCUAUUGUUGUUCCUACAGCUGGAGAGGAAGCAUCUGGGAAUUCAGGUAGUGUAAAGAAAGGAGCUGUAAUGAAGGAGAAAGUGUCUCCUAAGGGAGAAGAAGCCAAGGACGAAGUCAAAGGCAGUGACAGGACACUGCCACAGCAGCUGGGUGGUCAGAACAGAACUGCUUCUUCAGUUCACACAUUCAGCAGUGACAUUGUGAAGGCUUUAGACCGAAUCACAUUGCAGAAUAUUCCUUCACAAGUAGCCCAAGGCUUGACUGCAGGAAUAAGGAAGGACUGUGGUCUCCCUCUCACUGUCCUCUCAUGCACGAAAGCAUGUCCACAUGUGGCAACGUGUGGAAGUACUCUCUUUGAAGGGCGGACAGUACAGCUUGGGAAACUGUGUUGUACUGGAGUUGAAACUGAGGAUGAUGACGACAGUGAGUCCAACUCAUCAGUAGAACAGCCCGCCUCUGUUGAUAUCUCCGAUGGACCAACACUCCACGACUCAGACCUCUACAUUGAGAUUGUGAAAAAUACCAAGUCUGUUCCAGAAUAUUCAGAGGUGGCUUAUCCUGAUUAUUUUGGUCACAUUCCACCUCCAUUCAAAGAGCCUAUUUUAGAAAGGCCUUAUGGUGUACAGAGGACAAAAAUUGCCCAAGAUAUUGAGAGGUUGAUUCACCAGAAUGAUAUCAUAGACCGGGUGGUGUAUGACUUAGACAACCCUAACUAUGCCACUCCAGAAGAAGGAGAUAUUUUGAAGUUUAACUCAAAAUUUGAAUCUGGGAAUCUGCGCAAAGUAAUUCAAAUUAGAAAAAGCGAGUAUGACCUCAUUCUGAACUCGGACAUAAACAGUAACCAUUAUCACCAGUGGUUCUACUUCGAAGUCAGUGGGAUGCGGCCCGGUGUUGCGUACAGGUUCAACAUCAUCAACUGUGAGAAGUCCAACAGCCAGUUUAAUUAUGGUAUGCAGCCACUUAUGUAUUCAGUUCAGGAAGCUCUAAAUGCCAGACCAUGGUGGAUUCGUAUGGGUACUGACAUUUGUUACUACAAAAAUCACUUCUCAAGAAGUUCAGUUGCUGCAGGUGGACAGAAGGGAAAGUCCUACUAUACAAUUACAUUCACUGUGAACUUUCCACAUAAAGAUGAUGUUUGCUAUUUUGCCUAUCACUAUCCAUAUACAUAUUCAACUCUGCAGAUGCAUCUUCAAAAAUUGGAAUCAGCACACAAUCCUCAGCAAAUUUACUUUCGAAAAGAUGUGCUGUGUGAAACCUUGUCUGGAAACAGCUGUCCCCUGGUGACCAUCACAGCAAUGCCAGAGUCCAGUUACUAUGAACACGUCUGUCAGUUCAGAAAUCGCCCUUACAUUUUUUUGUCUGCUCGUGUCCAUCCUGGAGAAACUAAUGCAAGCUGGGUCAUGAAAGGAACACUGGAGUACCUCAUGAGUAAUAGCCCUACUGCCCAGAGCUUACGGGAGUCCUACAUUUUUAAAAUUGUCCCUAUGCUAAAUCCAGAUGGUGUCAUCAAUGGAAAUCACCGCUGCUCUUUAAGUGGAGAGGAUUUGAACAGACAGUGGCAAAGUCCAAACCCAGAUUUACACCCUACGAUUUACCAUGCAAAGGGACUGCUCCAGUACCUGGCUGCAGUGAAGCGCUUGCCUCUGGUGUAUUGUGAUUACCAUGGCCAUUCUCGGAAAAAGAAUGUGUUUAUGUAUGGCUGCAGCAUCAAAGAGACAGUGUGGCAUACCCAUGACAAUGCAGCUUCCUGUGAUGUUGUGGAAGACAUGGGAUACAGGACUCUGCCUAAGAUACUGAGCCACAUUGCUCCAGCAUUCUGCAUGAGCAGCUGUAGUUUUGUGGUGGAAAAAUCCAAAGAGUCCACAGCUCGGGUUGUAGUGUGGCGGGAAAUAGGAGUUCAAAGGAGCUAUACCAUGGAGAGCACUCUAUGUGGCUGCGAUCAGGGGAGAUACAAGGGUUUACAGAUUGGGACUCGAGAAUUGGAAGAAAUGGGAGCAAAAUUUUGUGUUGGUUUAUUGCGUUUGAAAAGACUGACUUCUCCAUUGGAAUAUAAUCUGCCCUCCAACAUGCUUGACUUUGAAAAUGACUUAAUUGAAUCAAGCUGUAAAGUAACUAGGAAGCUCUGGAAAGAGAUGGAAGAGAUCACGACAAACACUCUCAAGAAAAACCUGGCACACACAAGUGGGAGUACCUGCAGGUGGUUAAGAGUGGAGAUGUCACCAUUAAAAACCCCCAAAGCUUCCGGGGUCAACAUUUCCAGUUCUCAUUUCAAAUAUGAGUCUCUUGGAUCCUGUGGCCACCCAAUCCCAGGGUUUGUCUUAUCUCUUAUGUACCUCAGGCAGCAUCCUCAACUAAAACCUGAAGCAAUGGCUUUUGCUAACUCAUCUCCAUAUCCCCAGAACCCAGGUUGGUGCCUGCACAUAGGAAGUACUCAAUUAGUAUCUACCAGAGGCUACUGCUCUUUUUGCUGUGCCACACUACAGCCUGUGGGUAAAAACCUUGGCUGUGGCCAAAGAUGGACUCAGGGAUCCUGCUGAGGAGACAUAUCAGAAGAAAGUAUAGGGGUGUCUCAGCUAGAAGAUGUAGAUUGAGUGGCUCUGCUUUAGAUCUCCUGCAUGAACCACUUGUUUCUUCUGGGCUGUAGUUAUCUUGUCUGAUAGAGUUAGUUCUGUGUUAUUUCAGUUGGUCACUGUGUAGAUUAAGUGCAGUUCCAUAUGUACUGAGUAUACAACAACAGAUCACAGUGCAUUUUAUUUCCUUUGCUUAGCCCAUCUGACCUGAGCACAAAGCUGUGCAGAGAAGAGCACUGUAGAUGUAGUAUCUCGUGACCUGGUGAUUUCCUUUUUAGCCUCAAACUUACCCUGCUCUUUGUCCUUGUUUAAAAGUCAUCUUGGCAACAACCCAGGUAACCAUGAUGUCAAAUGAGCUGGUGUUCAUGUGUAAGACCUCAGCAAAGGAGCAUGGGUGUCCAGAGGGCUUGAGUGGGAUAAAACAGCUGUCACUUUCUGCAAAAAUGCAGAAUGCCACUGUGACAGCAGUCUGAAGAGGGAAAACCGAGGCUGUGUAUGACUGCACAGAGAAUAUGUAUGUUUUGCAUGAAGUCACAAUAGCCAAGCUACAGCUAUAGCUGUACAGCUCGGUACCUCCACCCAACUGUCCACUGCUGGAUGAAGGGAUAUGUGGCACGUGCAAAUGUAAUCAAAUGAAGCCAUAAACAACUUUUUAAAAAAUGUUUGAACAAAAUUACCCUGCAUGGCUGGACAGUGAUGCCCCCAGAAAUUAUGGGUUAUUAAAUGAAAAUUGAAGCACAAGGCAUGGGUUACUUCCCUGAAUUAUGGAUCAGGAAGACCCCAGAGGCAACCAAAACAACACAAGAUAUCACCAUUGCUCUUGCCCUUACCAUAAAUAUAUGGCAAGACCCUUUUGUUGAAGACACCAGACACUCGGCCUGCAAGUGGGGAAGCCUGGCAGCAGCAGGCUUGGUGCAGGAGCAGCCACGAGCACACAUCUCCAGGUGCAAACAGGAAGCAGAGAGAGCUGAGUUGGGGAUGGUGGGAUGCUUUUAAGCUUCACAGUCAGCCCACAGUGACACACUUCUUCCAGGAUGGCACACUUCCUAAGCUUCCCCAAACAGCAUCACCAACUGUGGAGCAAGUGUUUAAAUGCCCAAGAAUAUGGGGCAUCUCAUUCAAACCACCCCAGCUGAUGAAUCAUUGGGGUUUUGUUGUUGUUGUUUGUUUUUUCACGAGAUGGAGGUCUCACUGUGUUCCCCUCAUUGUCCUAGAAUCCCUGGGCUCAAGCAAACACUUUCAGCCUGUGGAGGAGCUAUGACAGCAGGUGUCCACAGAAAGCUUUCCAACCACCUCUCCAGGGCCCUGCCCUGACACUACUGUCACAGCCAGUUUCGACUUGAACCUCAGAGGGCCUGGACCGUAUUCAAACCACAGCAGCUGUGAAUUCUCAUCUUUCCUUCAAUUACUGUCCUUUGGACCUGCUGGCAAAAGGCGACCCGGGUUACCUUUCCAUUCUUAAAUCAUCUUUAACAUCACCAAAGAACACAAUUUCACUCUAGCCAGUGGCUGGCUAGCAGCCCCUGAGCCGCAAUGCCAGGACUGGACUCUGCUUUCAAAAGUUGUUUCAAGUGUUCUCACUCACAGAAUCCUCAAAUGGAUCUUUGUUCUUUUUUAUUAAUUCAAAGUGGCUCUUCUGAGCUUUCCACAAAGGUAGCUUCCACAUACUAUGUCCUUGUGGCCCAUGCCCUCGGGGCUGCUCUGCUGGCCACAGCCAUGGGCAGAGGGACCUUCAGGGGUCGUGUAGACAGGAGUGCCACCUGUGCUACACAGCACGGCUUCCACCCUACUAAGCCAGAAUUCCCUCCACGUUGAAGUUCAGCUUAUUGUUAGCACCAACAAAGGUGCUUUGAAGCAUUCUGUGUUCUGGUUGCAGACCUGCCGGGGUUUAGCUGUGUGGGAAGAGCAGUCACUGUGAGGCUUUGGCUGGCCAGCACAGACUCAUUCUGUAGAGGCACCAUCUCCCACUCAGUCUUCCAGUCCCCUCACUGCAAAGCUCCACGACAGGUGUGUCAGCCCAGCCAGCUGACCCACUGGCCUGAAAGAUCCACAUGGUCGUACUCCACACUUGCUGUCCUUGUAGACGCACAAUACAGCCCUAGCUGCAGCUGCCCACAUUGUGUUCCUUGCCUUUCUCAGGGCAUGCGUGUCCCCGCCCUCACGGUCUUCCAACAUCACUUCUGAAGAACAGCUCCUUCAGCUGUCCUUGUGCAACCCCCUUCUGCUAAGUUUCUCAAGGGCAUGGUUGUUGAGACAGUUUUCUCUCUGCAGUUAUGGUCCUUGAGGGAUCUGCUCCGUUGGCCAGGAGUGCUGCAGGUUAGAUGACAAGGUCCCACAGGGUGUGAGUGUGAAGUUAGGGAGGGACGAGGGGUGCACUGUCAGUUUGGCCUGAGACUAGAGUGUUUGACACUUACCGAAACUUGUCUGGAGACAGUGGUUGCAGUUUUUCUACUGAUAGCUUUUCUUUUUCUUUUUUUUCUCCUUGGCAAAACUAUAAAUUCAGAACCAGCAAUGCUGACUGUACCUAGCUUUCCUCCCAUCAUGAGGUGAGAGUAACUUAGUCUCUCUUUUUUUGUAGGAUCUAGAUUUCCUGAAAUCUACGCCUGCCUCCCCCACACUCUCUCCCCUCACCCUUCUCUGCAGAGUGGUCUGUAGUUGUGCUGCACCUCCCACAGGUCUGUGGAAUGACCUGCAGCUUCUGUUAAGGUGUCACAUGGUUUCCCUGCCCCAAAGUCACCCUGUGCCCUUCCUGUUCACCCUCCUGCUCUCCUCAAUCCCUCGCAAACCUUGGCCUUUCUUCUCCAUAAUUUUGCUUUUUCCAGAGUACUGGACGGUUGGACCAUCCACAGCAGCCGCUGUAAUCAAGUCUCUUUCAGUUGGUGCCUUGUACUCAGGCUCCUGCCAUGCCUUCUAGUGGCUUUGUAGCUUGUUUCUUCCCAUCAUUCUGUCAUUGGGCUGUUCUGGUCUAUUCACCAGAAACCUUUGUUUUACAAGAACAGAUAAGGGCAACUCUCAGUCAUUUGUAUAGCUUCUUAAGAAAUGAAACUUAAACGGUUGCUAAGGAGACAGAGACGCUGGACCCCUGGGGUGGGUGGUGUGCAUGGGUGGUAGCCAUGGCUGCUGUUGGAGGAGGCUGUGUGUAGCUGUUUUUACACCUGACAUGGGAGCUUUACCCUUGGCAGGUGUUUGGGAAGUAAGAGGUAAAGAAGGCAGGCUAGAUUCCUGAGCAGAAGCCCAUGGGGGCGUGCUGAAGUCUACCAGAUCUCACAACCAUCGCCCUUCUCAGACCUUCAUCAUGAAGCUGAACACACGCAUCUGGCCCCGGGGAAGUGAAACGGUGGAGGAACACGGAGCUGCUGCUGGUCUGGUUGUUGUCUCAUGCAUGGAGGGAGCAGGUGAGAGACGAUGCUAUAUGGCUCAGCUGCUGCCUGGCCUCUGCUCCCACAUUCCUUACACGAGCCUUGUUGAACACAGGAAGAGAAUCCUAGGGUAUAGGAUUCUCCCUGUUCACAAAAGUUUAUUACAAAGCUAGUUGGAAUUUGUUUCUUAGGUUCCUGUGGCCAUAGGGAAGGAUAGGUCUGUGUCCCUGUGGGUCACUCAAUAGGCAGCCUCUCUGGGGGUCCUGGUCCCCUCCCUCAUUUCCAGUGACUCAGGCCCAGUGAUGUGUCCCUGGCACAUGGCCUCAAGUCCCUGGAGCUCUGAGCCCCUGAUGCCAGCAUUUCUCGGAUUGCAGUGCAGUCCUAGUUCCCUGUGUGAACGGAAACAUCCAGUGUGAGCUAGCGGGUGGAGGAACAAGUGUGAGGUGCACAAGGUAGCUACUGAGGGAUAUGUAUUAUGAAGGAACUGAGUAAGACUUAGCAAAGAUACAUAUUUAAAGAUAGAUGGUAAUUUACAGAAGGAUAUAUGGUAACAUAUGCAAAGAUAUACAUAUGCAUAGACACAUCUAUAAUCCUUAAUAUAUAUAUAAAUGUCUAUAUAUUUUUGUACAUGCAAUCCUUUUUAUAUAUAAAUGCCUAUUAUAUAUAUAUACAUACAUACAUAUAUACAUGUGUGGGGUGUGUGUGUGUGUGUGUGUGUGUGUGUCUUUUCCUCCUUCCUUCUAAUGCAGGGAUGGAGCUGAAGAGCAGCGUGCUGGAGAGAGAACAGAUGAGACAGAUGGACAAAUAGGUUAGGGUUCUCUUACCCUGAUACCAGGAUUUCAAAAAUGUCUGAUUUCCAGCUCUUAGGUCUGCAGGAAGAUCUGUGUUUCCCUGAUGCUACUUCUUUGGGUUUCCCAGAAUCAUCAUCUAUCAUGUCCCCUGACUCUUAUUUUUCUAAGAAUGGCCCUUGUGGGUUGUGAUGAUGGUUACCAAGGAUGCUUUCUGCAAGUCGUGAGCUGAUGCAGGACCAAGAGCUGUGGUUACACACAUGCUGAACCCCAGUUUUGUGGUGGAAUAUUGUUUUAAGAUGUGUGUAGCACAAAUCCUAAUUGGUUUUAAUAAUAAAAACCCAGAGCUAGAGAGCAGAGUAAAUGCUGAAAGUUCAGUAAAGGAGCCAGCACUAAAGAGACUUCUCACCUCUAUCAAAUUCUCAGCCUGAAAGAGAACUGAGCUCCUGUCUCCUCCUGCCUUAUAUCCCUCUGUCCACCCAGCCACAUCACUUCCUGUCUCCACUUCCGUAAUGCUGGGAUUAAAGGCAUGAGAUCCCAAGGGCUGGGAUCAAAGGUGUGUGCCUCCACUGCCUGGCUCUGUUUCUCUUUUAGACUGGAUCAAUCUUGUGCAGCCCAGGGUGACCUUGAACUCCUGAUCUUCCUGCUUCCUCCUCCCAAGUGCUGGGGUUAAAGGUAUGUACCACCACUGCCUAGCCUCUAUGUUUAUCUAGUGGCUAGCUCCACCCUCAGAUCUUUAGGAAAUCUUUAUUUGUUAAAGCACAAACAAAAAUAUCACCACAGAUGUGUUACAUUUGUUUAUGCUAUGGAACAUUUGUUUAAUAAUGCAAAGAUGUGUUGCACUCUUUUAUGUUGCAUUUGUUUAACUCUGUGAAACUGUGUUACUUUGCCUGUCUAAAACACCUGAUGAUCUAAUAAAGAGCUGAAUGGCCAAUACGAAGGCAGGAGAAAGGAUAGGCAGGGCUGGCAGGCAGAGAGAAUAAAUACAAGGAGAAAAAGAGGGACCGGGAAGCAAGAGAGAUCAAGGAGCAAGAAAAGGAGAAGAGAGGAAGACGGCAGGGGCCAGCCACCCAGCUACACAACCAGCCACAGAAAAAGAAGUAAAAGAAAAGAAAUAGAGAAAGGUAAAAGCCCAGAGGCAAAAGAUAGACAGGAUAAUUCAAGUUAAGAAAAACUGGCUAGAAAUAAGACAAGCUAAGGCAGGGCUUUUUUUUUUAUAAGAAAAAAUAAGUCUCUAUGUGAUUUAUUUGGGAGUUGGGUAGUGGGUCCCCCAAAGAGUAAAGAGUGAAAAAUAACCAACAACAUGGUUUGCUGGCAUCUCGUGGAGGACAUGAUACCUUCCUUGUUCUGUUCAGUCUUUAAAAGUGUCAGAGUGAGCUCUAUGGAGAGGCAACUCAGGGUGCCCAUGCUGCCCCGAGUGCUACUCUCAGGUCUUUGUAACCACAGCUGUGUGCUCACUGGAUACCUGGGCUGCUGACAUGCUCACUCUUGCUGGCACUGUCCUGGUCUUUGUGACUGUGGUGUGCAUGUGGAGGCUGGGCUCGGGGCAAGUUGCCCAUUAUGCCACUAGCCUUCAGUCUGAUGUCCCAUCUGGCUCUUUCCUCAGAGCUACAGGGACCAUUACCCUCUAGGUUGUGCUUAGUGUAGUUGACAUCUGAUACUUACUAAAGGUGUACAUGCUCCUUAUAUAGAUUAUCACGAGGGGCUGCAGAGAUGGCUCUGUUAAGAGCACAUAUUAUUCUUCCAGAUGAUCCAAGUUUGAUUCCCAGCAACCACACCAGGCAUCUCACAACCUUCUAUAACUCCAGCUCCAGGGUACAAAACUCUUCUGGUCUUUAGGGGUACAACAAACACGAUUUUAUUUUAUUUUAUUUUGCAAUACAAUUCAGUUCUACAUAUCAGCCAUGCAUUCCCUUAUUCUCCCCCCUCCCGUCCCCCCCAGCCUUCCCCCACCCCACCCCCCAUUCCCACCUUCCCCAGGGCAAAGCCUCCCCCGAGGACUGAGAUCAACCUGGUAGACCCAGUCCAGGCAGGUCCAGUCCCCUCCUCCCAGGCCGAGCCAAGCAACCCUGCAUAAGCCCCAGGCUUCAAACAGCCAGCCAACUCAUGCAAUGAGCACAGGACCCGGUCCCACUGCCUGGAUGCCUCCCAAACAGAUCAAGCCAAUCAACUGUCUCACCCAUUCAGAGGGCCUGAUCCAGUUGGGGGCCCCUCAGCCAUUGGUUCAUAGUUCAUGCGCUUCCAUUCAAACAAACACGAUUUUUAAAGACAGUGUUUUGGUAUGUAUCUCAGGCUGGCCUUGACUCACUGUGUAGCUUAGGAUAGCCUGGAACUUACAGUAAUCUACCACAGUCUCCUGAGUACUGGGAUUGCAGGUGUGAGCUCAUAUACCUGGGAUUGUGGGAUUUUUGGUGUGAGCCAACACACCUGUCUUUAUUAUUUUUCAAAAGUACAAAAGUAAGAUAUCAAAUCCACUUAUCUUGAAAAUUUAUGUGUUAAUAUUUAAUAAUAACAUUAAAAGAGACACAUUUGUGUGUGUGUGUGUGUGUGUCUGCAUGUGCACAUCAACAGAAAUUUCAGAAGACACCACAAUACUGUCUGUAAAUAUGUAAUAAUUUAAUAUUAUUUGAAAAUGUUAGAAGAAGGAGCUAGAGUGAGACUGGAGGGAACCCUAAGCCAGGUAAGUGGGUCUCUAUCAAGAGAGAGGGCUCGAGUUCUUCUAAAGCGUUAUGAAGGGUUCCACAGAUGCACGGUCAUCUUCUAAAGCUUUAUGAAGGGUUCCACAGAUGCACGGUCACAACCCAGUGGAAAUAAACUCCCACUGUCGCCCAGCUGUGGUGCCUGAUGCCAUCUAUGGCUGUUGCUGGACUCCUGGGGUAAGGACACACUUCUCACUUGUGAUUGGCCCACCUGGAGCCCAUGGUCUCCAGUUCCCCUGGUGAGCUCCUCCUUGGCUGUGGGUGACAAAGCAGGUGUGGAGUGAUCUGUUUUCAGAAUCACAAGGUGACAUGUGUCCCUUUUAAAAGUCAGCAGUGGGGGUCCUAGCACCCACUCUUGACCACCACCUCAGAAGAAGCACAAUUUUGAGAAGAACCAGUUGUAAGCCCUCAGCCCUAAAGGCCUCUUGUCUGACUCUCGAACUGGCCCAAGAUUCCUCAGGCUUCUGGGCAGCAUGCCUCACUAUCUGAGGAUACUCCUCUUUGCUGGCUUCGGCAGAUGGCGUCUACAGGUCUGCAGAGUUCGACAGCAAUUGCUCCCCUCCUAUUUUAUCUCUAAGUUCAUCACUAUCUAGACUUCUAGUGGCAAUGUUCUGGCUUAUGGGAAUUGUUCUGGAUUUGUUUUCAUACUUUGGAUUUCUUUAAUUGUUUCAGUGGAAUCUGAGAGAGAAAAGGUAAAAUUCAGUUGGUUGUCUUGAGUGGCGGGUCUCAUCUUAUUGAUCUGCACCUCUCUUUGUAUUACAUGAAAAGCAAGCCUUAGCCUUAAAAGUAGUAUGUAGCAUGAAUCUUAAAAGGUCUUAUUGAUAAAAAAACAAACCUGGAGCCAGGUGUUGGGGUGAAUGCUGGAAGAUCAGAGAAGCAGAACAAGCAACAGCCAACCUCACCUUGUCAACUUCUCAGCUAAUCUUGUUUCCUCAAACUGGAAGCCUCUGAGUCCUCAUCUGAAUGGAUCUCAGCUGAACUGCUGCUAAAAGCCUAAAAGCUUAAGGCUCUAGUUCCUGGUCCUCAAGCAUUAUAUACCUUUCUGGUUCCUGCCAUCAUUUCCUGGGAUUAAAGGCGUGUGUCACCAUGCCUGGCUGUUUCCAGUAUGGCAUUGAACUCCCAGAGAUCCAGAUGGAUCUUUGCCUCCUGAAUGUUAGGAUUAAAGGUGUGUGCUACCACUGCCUAAACCUGUUUAAUAUAGUGGCUGUUCUGUUCUCUGACCCCCAGAUAAGUUUAUUGAGGUGCACAAUAUAUCAACCACAGUAGUGUUUUCUUCAGCCACUCUGGAAAACAAUAUGGCAGUUUGUAAAGAAGUUAAAAAGAGAAUACCACGUGACCCAGCCCUCCUAAAAGAGCACCUUAGAAAGUAACAAAUCCCUGUGCUCACUGCAGUCUGUUCAAGAUAGCCAAGAUAUGCAAAUCAUCUACAUGUUCAUUGACAGAUGAAUGGAUUUUCUCUCAUAAACAAUAGGAAUAUCAUUCAAGCUAAACAAGAAUAUAUAUAUAUUGAGUGAGGGCUAAAUUUGAUACAAUUGUAUUUCUUUAAGAUGUAGCUGUGAAGGUGACAGAUCUUAACUGCAUUGCUGUAGUAAUGACUCCUAACCAUGACCCAAACUGAAAAAUACACAACACAACAUUUAUUCUUUUUUGUUUUGAAGUUGAAAAAAAAUCUUAAAAAUCGUAUGAAAGGGCAAAAUAUUCCUGUUCCUUUAUUUCCCAAGCUAUAGUCAGCCAAUGGUUCUGACAUGGUUUGUAAUCUGCCACUUUACCUGGAAGUCUCAUAGCCUUUUUUUAAAGUAGUGGAGUUUUGACUUUUCCUUGCCACUGUUUACUAUUUCCAAGUCAUGGCUGUAUCUUGAUGUUGUAAAUGUAUUUACUAAACCAUUACCAGUAUCUUUGCUUUCAGAUGGGUUAUUAAGGAUACUCAUUGGCACCCAGUGAUAAAGGGCUGGAAAAGAGCAUGGGUGCAGAGUGAGCUGGAGGUGCUAUUGUGUCCAUUUGCUGAUCGCCCUGGCUCCCCAAGUUCUCUUUGAAGUUGUGAUGGGAGAAUGCUAAGGGCUUUUGUAGUGCCCUGGUCUCCCACCUCUACUUUAUGCUCUUCUUCCAUGGUGAAGAUGGGCUGAACCAAUGAGCCUCCUUGCCUUCUGGCUGCCUCAUGGCCUCAGCCAACAGAAAGGAAGACACUGAGGUUGGCUUGUGUCUUCUCCUGGCUCUGUGUGGGCUUGGCUUCCUUCUCCCCACUGAUAGCAGACUUCAUCUCGCAGAAUGAUUCUUUCCAGUCCGCAUCAUUUCUUCUGUACUGUGCCCUUCAAACCCUGUGUUACCAGUGUCCAGCUUCCAUAAGAUUAGCUCAAAGAAUAAUACAGUUCCCCAUGGUUUCUGGGUGGACUUUUAAAUGGUUCUUUGAUUUGGUAUUCUUUGAAUUAUCCUGUUGGAAACCUGGAACCCUGAUACAAGUUCUAUGAAAAUGAAUUGAGCAUACUAUUAACAACUUAAUUCUAGAGGGACCAAGACACCAUGCACAUAUGGUUCACUUCCAUGCUUACGUAGUCUUGACCUUUACACUUGAUCUGAUGCUAACACACCUGUGACCCAGGACACGGCUGCAGUGCAGGUACCAGAAUUCCACUUGACGAUUUGGGCCACUGUUCCUUCCCAACAUCAUUCCCAAAGCAUCCCAAUGUCUGAUGCAGGGGAAGGUAUUUUUAGGAGACUGAAGCGUUCUUUUUUCCUUCUGUGCUGGUUGUUUAACAAGGCCACUGAUCUUCCCUGGGCGGGGUAUAGAUCUCUGGCGAUCAGCCAUGUGGGCCAAGUUGCAGAAGCAUGAAAGAGACUCAGGUCAUUUUCCUGUGGACUUCAGAUGUCCUCACUGUCUGAAUCUCUCAUAACUGUAGUAUUAGGGCUUGAAUCUGAAAUGUCCCCCUAUAAUCUCGUGUUUGAAUGUUUGUUGUUCCCCCCCAUUGGUGGCUCUGGUUUAGAGGGUUGUGGUGCCCCCUUUAAAGGGAUGAAGCCUUUCUGGCAGAAGUAGGCCACUCAGGAUGGACCUUUAAGUCGGUGAUGGCCAACUCCUAUUCUGAUCCUGCUCCCUCUACUUCCUGAGUCUUCAGGAUGUGAGGAGCAUCCAGCACACAUCCCUGCUGCCGUGAACUCCAUGAUGCCUUUCUCACCAUGAGCCAAGAUAAAUCUGUCCUCUGUAAGUUAUAAGGUACUUGCAAAAGUAACAAAUACGUGUAUGUUACGAUAAUGUUACUGAACAUUAAUUAAAAUAAAUGGCAAGACUCUCAUAACACUUUU